AUGGAAAGGAAGCACAAAUUCAAGCCAACUUUACCUAAAAGGAAGCUUGGUUCGACUUCGAGUGCUGCUGCUCCUACUCCCACUCCCACUGAACAAACUCAAACUGAAUCUAUAUUGCAGGAACAAAUUCAAACUGACGAGGAAUCAACUGAAUCUUAUGACGACGAGGAAUCAACUGAAUCUGUUGACGACCUCCUCGUCGAUCCUCUAGCAGGUUUAAAGUUAGGCGAGGAGAUAUACCCAGAGAUAUACCCAGCGUGGUCAGACGAGGAAGAUUGGAAGAUUGAAGAUGAAGAAGAAGUGCUACCUGCAACCCGACUCGGGUUAACGGAGAGCAGUGAGGAACCUAAGCUGCUUUUAUUUAAGUUUCCUUCAUCUCUACCAAUUAAGAAGGAAAAUCUGAAAGGGAAAGAGAAAAGAGGGUAUCUCUCCAAGAUUGAAGCAGUGGAUUUGAAUGAUUUACCAAGUGGAAAAAUGGGUAAGCUGCAGUUGCGUGAAAACGGAGAUGUAAAAUUGAAUCUCGGAUCAACAGUUUUGGAUGUCACUGCUGGUAUGGAUUGUAUGUUCCCUCAAGAUUUGGCAGCAAUGAAGAUUGGUGAAAAAGAGUGCCUAAAUGUAAGCCACCAAAUUGGCCGGAGGGCAGCUAUUGUCACGAUUGAAGAUGAUCCUCAAGAGUGAGGAUUAAGUCUCCUGAAUCAUGAUAUUUCACUUCUUAGGGACAUCUUAAACCAUGAACUCUAAUUAUAUGUACUGUUUCUAUUCGUAUGUGUACUAUUCUGGAUUAACCUUAGCGCACGAUGAUUUUCUCUUUUUAUGGAGUGAGGACUAAGUCACCUGAAUCAUGGGAUUUCACUUCUUAGGGAGUUAAACCAUGAACUCUAAUGAUAUGUACUGUUUCUAUUCCUAUAUGUACUAUUCUGGAUUAACCUUGUCGCA